AUGUGCCGUGGCCAAGCUUAUGAUGGAGCAAGUACAAUAUCUGGCCGAUUUAGUGGUUUACAAUCAAGAGUAAAAGAGUUAAAUCCUCUUGCAAUGUACAUUCAUUGCUGUGCUCACAAUUUAAAUUUGGUCUUAAUUGAUUCCAUUAGAUCUUCCGUUGUUGCAAUUUCAUUUUUUGGUACAUUAGAAACUUUAUAUAAAUUUCUUACUGUCAGUUUACCCAGACUUCAUAUUUUAAAAAAAGAACAAGCAAAGGAAGUAGAAGGUGUAAUAUUGACAUUAAAAAAGUUAUCUGAUACAAGAUGGGCAAAAAAUAUUAAAUCCAUGAGGACAAAUGAACAUUUUUUAGAAAUUCAAAAAAAUGCAAUCAAGUUGUGUGAAACAUUUGAUGGCGCCACAAAAUUUGAAGAUUUUUCUAAUACUGUACAAAAAUUUGAAUGUCUUGAUCCGAAGAAGUAUUUUUUUAAAAAAAAAGUUAAUGAGAAAUCUAUUAAUCAACUUAAAAAACUUUCUGACAUUUACCAAAUUGAUAUUGAUCAAGAUGAUCUCAUUUUAGAAUAUGAAUCAUUUUCCUCUGUUUACUAUCAUUUAAAUAAGGACUGUGAAGAUAUUUCAACAAAUGAGUUAAUACUAAUUUUGCAACAAAGAAUAUUCCCAUUAGCCCAGAUACAAAAGUUCCAAUUGUCGUAA